AUGUCGUCCAACGGGAUCAAGACGGAAGAUGGCGCAUACAUCAAGCCGGAACACAUCAAGUCGGAGAUGGACGUCGACGAAUACGAAGACACGGGCGAGUGUCAUAUGCCGGCAUCUGAAGAAGAGCAGCAAGCCUGGCUCUGCAAAUUACCCAAAUGGCUCUGGACCGCCUGGGCUGACCUGGGCGAGGACGAAGAGAUCGAGCUAGGAAAGGUGCGCGUCUAUCACAAACCUAAGCCCGACGGUUCGCAAAGGAUUCAAAUGAGGCUUCACGACCUGCCCCAGCAUAAGAAUGUGCCCAAACUCUAUGACCUGUCGUCUUCGCGAGACCAAUACAACAACACCAUCAUCUUCUCGGAGCGCGACCAACCUGGAUUCAAGGCCUGGAACCCGAAUCGUGUCAGAAAGGAUAUCAGAAGGGACAACUUCAAAGUGAACAAAUCCAACAAGCCAUAUACUUCGUCCAUUCCAAAACAAACGGCUCUCGAAGGCUUCGUCAAGGCUGAAAUGGCAGUCACUGCCGUCGAGAACGAUGAAUACCGCCGUCUGACUGAUCAACGCUUCAUGGAAAUGUUCCAACCCAAACGCACCACUCGCUUCGAAUCCGGCGCCGACGUCCAAAUCCACUCGACCGCCGCCGCCAACAACGCUUUCGGCAGCUUCAUCAAGGCCAGCCAAGCAAAGAAGCCCAUCAAGAAGCAACAAGAAAAGGCCGUCCGUGUCAGUCAAGAAGAACUCUUCGAUCUCCUCACAGACUGCUUCAAGCAAUACCGUUACUGGUCGCUCAAGGCUCUCAAGCAGCGCCUGCAUCAGCCAGAGGCUUUCAUCAAGCAGAAUGUUGAGAAGAUUGCCACUCUCAUGCGCAGUGGUAAGUUUGCCAUGAACUACAAGCUCAAUCCUGAGUACGAGAGCUCCGUCGAUCCUCAAAACGUCAAGGAAGAAGUUGCAAACGAGGUCGAAGAGGAAGAUGAUGACGAUGACGACGACGACGAUGAUGACGAUGAUGAGGACGGCUACGAAGAUGUCAAGAUGGAAGAUUCUUGA